AUGCAACAUAACGUUGACCAGAAAGUUGCAAAUGCCAUGCCUCCACAAUGGGAGAGAUACCAACAGCUAGUGAAAGAAUGGGAGCAAGCCACGACAAAAGCCAACAUUGCCAUCUGUUCUGGUGGAUGCCUGGAGAAGGCACAGCCCAUUGAGAAGCCACCUAUGUUUGCUUUUUGUUUGAAGCCACGAGGUUUGGAGGUGCCCAUGAAAGGUUCAAAACAGAGGCCACUGAGGAAAUUUCCACUAUCUGGUCACAGCCAUGCUGUCCAGUGGGAUCAGGAUGGUCUUUAUGCUUUCGGAAGAAGAUCAAAUGGGUUUGCUUUUGGAGACGAGAAAGCUAUAUUUCCGGGCAAUAGCCAUGAAUCUUCAGAGGCUACCCUGUUGCUUCAGGCAUCAACCAGAGCGUUCUCACCAAGGGAUUUUGGUGGCCCCGGAUGUUUCACCUCAAGUACUGAUGGAUUUGAGUAUAAUCAUAACCCAAAACUUUACAGGAACAAGUCAGAGAAGAUUGGGACUUUUCUCUCCUCUAGUAAUCAACAGAUGCUGGCUUCUUCUAACCAAAGAACAAUUGGCAGGAGAAGUGGAGUGCAAGGGUGGAAUAUGGCUUUACCCGAGUGGCCAAGUCAGAAGCAUUAUCUGUCAGAAGCAUCUCAGAGACACGGCAUGGAACAGUUAGAGGGUCCUGAUCUUGACGAGUUCAGGUUGCGUGAUGCAUCAGGUGCAGCUCGGCAUGCACGUAACAUAGCAAAGCUCAAGAGAGAGAGUGCUCAGAAAGCACUUUACAGAGCAGAUCUAGCAAUCCACAAGGCUGUUGUUGCUCUCAUGACUGCUGAGGCAAUCAAAGCUGCAUUUGAGGACUCAAAUGGCGAUGGGUUGAGUGGCCGCAGGCAAUAUCAGACGAUGAGGGAAUCGGAAUAGCCAGCACUUUAGCUGGUAGUUGCGGCCCCAGAGUCUAUACAGCCAUUAAACUGAUUUUUCCUAGAGUGGCUCGGAUUUUUCUUUUGGUGGUGGUGGUGGUGGUGGUGGCUUUUCAUCAUUGUCUAUACGUUCUGGAGUGAAUUUCUAGCAUGUUGUCUGUGACCACUUCGGGUAGCAGCAACUGUUGGUUUCUGCCAAUCACGUGCUAGAUUCUUCAACACUAUAAACUGAUAUUAUCAUGGUAGUUUUGGUUGAUGACUUUUGGGCCUAUCCUCUAGUUUUUCGGAGCUGCAGGUAUUCUCCAAUCGAUGUGACUGGUCGCAGUGCUCAAGCGGUUAAUGGGUAGUGAAAUUUUGAUUGGCAACCAUUGUAUAGAUUUUUUCCCCUUCUCCUUUCCUUUGUUCCUUUUGAUCCCGGAGCCUUAGUUUUAGUGUUUGAUACUGGGGGAGCAAUAUGCCCAAAUAAGCCAUCUGUUGGAACACUUACAAAUUUAAGUGGUUGGACUCUAGAGCAACUACUCUUUGUGUAGCCCGUGCACUUUUUCCGUAGGAAAUCAGAGAGAACAGAAAAAAAAUCACACUGUAAGUAUUAAACCCGAAAAUUUUCGGUUGUGACUGAGGGAGGAUUUGAUGCUAUUACUUCUUGCAAAUUCUGAUCAAGCUUUGUUUCAGUUCCCGAAUAUAUGUAUGUAUAGAUGAAAUCUGUAGUGUAUUUGGGGGGUU